AUAUAGAGGCAAUUGAGAAGAGAUCGGCAAAACCACUCGAGCUAUCCAUACUUUCGGAGACUGAAACGAUGGCACAAACAAUGAAGAUUGAUGUGGCACAAGCAAUGAAAAUGGGAGAAAAACUACCUGCUCCUGCUUCUGGCAUGGAACAAGUGUCUGUUAGUUUUGUGCAUGCAAACGAACUCACUUAUGCUGAUCCUUCUGCAUGGAAUUUCCAUGAUGACAUUGCUGAAUUUCUGGGAGGAAAUCCACAAGUCGAUGGAACAUACGACGCCAAAAAACUUGUCUUGGGAAGUGAGUACAAGGUGUAUUAUUAUGUAUCUAUGAAAGAUCGAAAGGAAACAAAUCCUGUGAAUCUCACACUGCAGCUUCCCCACGGGAAAACAAAACAGAGAACCGAAACAAUUACACUGGAUCCAAGCAGGUAUCAAGCAGUCUUUGUUGGGCAUCAACAUAUAUCCUUCUGGAGACAUUAAGUUUACAUUCUCCGGAGUUACUGGGGAUACCUGGAAGGGUCUGCUUCUGGAGUACGUUCUUGUUACUAGUAAUGGUUAAUCUAGCCCCCAACCACACAGAACAUACUUCUACCUUUCGGUAGUUGUUAUAUAUGUACUACUUGCAUGUGGAACUUAAGAAUAAUACGACUACCACAGGGUAGCUGCUUUGUUGUACUAUUGUCAAAUUAAAAAACUUAUGAAUAAUACGACUACCACUAGGUAGCUGCUUUGUUAUACUACCGACAAAUCAAUGGAAAAUAUUAAAAAUUUCAAC